AUGCCCACAACUCAGAUCAAGACAAUUUCUCUGUCUAAGAGCGGAGUACGCAUUUUCUAUCGCGAACAAAGCCCAGAAAAUGCACUGAUCCCAGAGAAAAUAAUUCUCCUUCUCCAUGGCUUCCCAUCUUCAUCUCACCAGUACCGAAAUCUGAUUCCAUUGCUCGCCAGUAGAUACCGUGUUGUUGCUCCUGACUUGCCUGGUUUCGGGUUCACUGAAGCCCCCUCAAGCUUCAAAUACACGUUUGAGACACUGGCCAAUACCAUAGCGGAAUUCUUGGACGAGCUUUCUAUUUCGAAAUUCUCCAUCUACAUAUUUGACUAUGGCGCGCCAGUGGGCCUCCGUCUCGCACUGGAACGCCCGAACGACAUUGAAGCGAUUAUUUCGCAGAACGGAAAUGCCUAUAUUGAAGGCUUCGGAGAUGUCUGGGGUCCCAUUCAGGAAUUCUGGGCAAGCAAAAACAACGCCGAGGAUCGAUCCAAGGUAGCAACGGCAAUGCUCAACUUUGAGAUCACCAAGUUUCAGUACGAGAAUGGGACCCCAAAGACAAAGGUUAUUGCUCCCGAGUCAUAUACGCUAGACUAUGCACUGCUUGAGCGGCCUGGCAACAAGGAGAUCCAGCUAGAUCUCUUUAUGGACUACAAGAAUAAUGUAACACUAUACGACAAGUUUCAAGAAUACUUCCGGGCAUCUCAAGUUCCAUUGCUGGCAAUCUGGGGCAAGAACGAUGUCUUCUUCAUCCCCCCCGGUGCCGAAGCAUUCAGGAGGGACUUGCCUGAUGCAACGGUUAGACUUCUUGAUGCGGGCCAUUUUGCUGUUGAGAGCGAUACGGAAGCCAUUUCUCAAGAAGUGAUGGAGUUUUUGAGCUAG